GCAUCAAGGUCUCUAGUCUCCUCAUGGUCUCCCAGCACCCAGGAUCUGUUCUCGCAGGGCAUGACAUUCCUCGAUUCUUUCUAUGACCCACGAGCUGGAUACCUAUACGAUCUGUCGUCUGCCGAGGGUCUGCGCCAUGAGUCCAGACAGACUGUAUUCUACGCGCUCGGCCUUUUGGCUCGUAACCAAGGCCAAGAUGCAGUCCAGGCGGCCAAGAUCUUGUACAAUAUCGUCGGUGGCCAGAUCACGGACCCGGAUAGCGGAGCAUAUGGGGACUACCAAAUCUACCCAGAGCAGCCCGCCUUUGGUCCGGGCUACCCAGCCGAGGCGUAUGGGAAUUAUUACCCAAUUUCGCGGUCCAUCAUGGGCAACGCGAUGGUCGUCGCGCUCGAGGAGUUUCCUCACCUUCUUUCGGAGGACCUGGUCGGCACGCUGAAGUCAUCGCUGGAGCUGAAUCUGAAGAGCAACUUCACGCCCACACAGGCACCCUCUGGCACCGCCUACUCCCUUACGACCUCGUUUCUAGCCCUCUGGGGCGGCAAGAACCUUCCCAACCUGAGUAAUACCACUGGCAUCAACGCCACCGCCCAAGGUGCUGCGCUGGCGAAGCAGGUCAUUGACAAUUUUGACGAGUACGGCAGCAUCCCCGAGUACAACUCGGCGCCGUACCUGACCUUCACCUUCUGGCCCCUGGCCAUGGCCGCGAAAUACCUCGGCAACGACACGGAGCUGGGGCAACGCGCACCAGAUCUGAUUGCCAGCACCUGGACCAGUCUCGGCGAGUGGUACCACGCCGACCUCAAGAACUUGGCGGCGCCCAUCUCGCGAGGCUUUGGCUACGACCUGACCAGGUACAUGCACAGCUUUGGCCUCUACCUGUGGGACAUGGCGGGCCACGAGAACUCGCCCUUCUACCAGCUCGAACAUGUCAACCCCAUCCCGCGCGUUACUGACUUUGCCAACACGAUGAUGACAGCUCUGUACUCGUCCACCAUGAACCAAUAUGUUCCUGCAGACGUGCUCGCAGAAAUAAAACAGUUCUCGGGAGAGAGGUCCGUCAACGCCACGGCCUUCGUCGCAGCCAAGGACCUAGUGACGCAGAAUCUCACGGCCUGGCUUUCAGACAAUAUCACCAUCGGUGCCGUAAGUUUCAGCCAGGUAGCGGCCGGCGGGCCCUACACCGAGUCCAUCUACAUACCGGGAGCCAUCCAAUGGCACACCGGCGGGCUCGACAACGAGGUCGGCUACAUCAACGUCUAUCCGAACGAGGCGAGCAUGCACAUUGUCGCAUCCGCCAACCUGCUCAACGUCUCGCUGCCUGAUGCGACGGCGGGCAGUACUAUUCAGUUCCAGGUUGUGGCUUUUGCUGACGGGCACACGUUUGCCUCUUGGGACGACGCGACGGGGCUGCUGGUUCAGGCCAGCGGUACGGCCGAUAUGAACUAUACGGUUGGCUUUGCGGGAUCUCUUGGAGGGACGGGCGGCUCACCGAUCGAGGAAUUUGAGUUUUGGAAUGUCACGUACUCAAUGCCUUCUGAUUUUGAAGCGGGAGACGUUCCAUGGAUCGCUCUCGAAGUUUCCACA